AUGGGAAAUUCAGGUUCCAAGACAGCAAAGGGAACCAGAGCGCCCGUUAAGGGAUCUAAUGGUGACGGGUCGUCGUUGACACCUCCAUUUACAAGGACAGAUACAUCUCAGUCGGCGAAAUCCACGAGAUCUUUAAGGUCACUGAGGUCAAGGCGAUCCGAAUCAGGAUCUACAAGUGCACAGGGAACCCCUCAGAUGUUACCUGUGAAUGAUUCUGAAUCACCACUGCCUUCGAAUAUUGGAGUGUCUACGCCUACAGGUAAGGAUUUUUCUUCAAGUAGUGGUAGUGGUGGUGGUGGUUCUCAUCGUAAUCAUCGUAGACAUUCUAAUUCGGAGUUACCUCCAUCUUCCUCAAAUAAGGAACAAGAAGAUCAGCAUUUCCAAACACCGCAAGGCUCUAGCACAGAUGGUAAUCAUCUAAAUCCAAAUAUGUCUGCGCAGCCACCAACACCAAUGACAUCCAGUAGACGACGCUCGUCUUCUAAAAGACCAAGUAUCAGUAAUGCGGAUUUACCGCCAUCUAUGAUACAAAUGGAACCAAAAUCACCUAUUUUGAAAAAUAGCAAUUAUACCAUCGGCAACGUUCUAAAUUAUAAUGAAAAUGCAUUGACGGAUGAAGAUGAAGAUGAUGCGGCCAACGACGGUUUUAGUAAAGGUGGUAAGUCACAAUUGGAUAGCGUUAGACAUAGUCAUUCGUCAAGACCUUCAAGUGUGAGGAGUAGUUCGUCUUCAAGAGUUCGUAAAAGGUCAGAUAAUUAUGGUAACAAUGGCGGUGGUAUUGCAGAUUCUGACUUAUUAGGUAGUCAAUUACAAGCACAGCAACACGGAAUAUCAAGAUCUAAUUCACAUGCUUCUUCGCAUAGUCGGAAAUCAUCAGCAUCUGCAGGUAAUACUGCGUAUAGUACACCGUUGAAUUCCCCAGGUAUAUUUGCCAAUUCACAUGUUAAUGGAAAUAAUGGUCCUGGUCAAGACGAUUAUUUUGGUUCUGCCGCUAUGGCUUCAUUACACGGAUCUAAUAAUCAUCAUUAUGAUCCAAACCAUUCUUCCGACAGUGUAAAUAGAUCAUUGAACAAUUCUUUGGAAGAGAGUGGUGGUAAUGAUAACAAUAGUGGCUCACAUCAUUUAACGAUGGACGCUACUGCAGCAGAGGCAGAUCCAUCAUUAAUUAAUCAUCACCAACACCAUGAUUCAAAAUCACGAAGUAAUUCUUUCGAAGGAUAUCCAACAGCUCUACCUACAGAUCCAGAAUUAGCAGAAGGUGCAAUAGAUGGUGGUAGUGAAAGUCAACAGCAUGGUAAGAAGAAAAAAGUUCAUAAACCAAUUAAUAUUGAUGAAACGAUACAAAAAUUAUUGGACGCAGGUUAUGCGGGUAAAAGAACUAAAAAUGUUUGUUUGAAAAAUUCAGAGAUUGCUCAAAUUUGUCAUUUAGCCAGAGAAAUUUUCUUAUCACAACCAUCACUACUAGAAUUAUCACCUCCGGUUAAAAUUGUUGGUGAUGUACAUGGUCAAUAUGCUGAUCUUUUAAGGCUUUUCACAAAAUGUGGAUUUCCACCAGCGGCAAAUUACUUAUUUUUGGGGGAUUACGUAGAUCGUGGUAAACAAUCCCUAGAGACAAUUCUUUUGCUGCUUUGUUACAAAAUCAAAUAUCCUGAAAAUUUCUUUUUGCUAAGAGGUAAUCAUGAAUGUGCGAAUGUUACAAGAGUCUACGGAUUUUAUGAUGAAUGUAAAAGGCGUUGUAAUAUUAAAACGUGGAAAAUUUUCAUCGAUACUUUUAACACAUUACCAUUAGCUGCAAUAGUUGCAGGUAAGAUUUUUUGUGUUCAUGGUGGACUUUCACCAGUUUUAAAUUCAAUGGAUGAAAUUCGUCAUUUUAGUAGACCUACAGAUGUACCGGAUUUUGGUUUAAUUAACGAUUUACUAUGGUCAGAUCCAACAGAUUCUCCGAAUGAGUGGGAAGAUAAUGAAAGAGGUGUCAGUUACUGUUAUAAUAAGGUUGCAAUAAACAAAUUUCUAAACAAAUUUGGUUUUGAUUUGGUUUGCAGGGCCCACAUGGUUGUAGAAGAUGGAUACGAGUUUUUCAAUGAUAGAAGUUUAGUAACAGUUUUUUCAGCACCAAACUACUGCGGUGAAUUCGAUAAUUGGGGGGCUGUAAUGAGCGUUAGUGAAGGUUUAUUAUGUUCAUUCGAAUUACUAGACCCCCUAGAUAGUGCUGCAUUGAAACAAGUCAUGAAGAAAGGUCGUCAAGAGAGAAAACUGGCCAAUCAACAACAAUUUCAAGGUUAUUAA